AUGUCGGCCUCAUCGGCCACAUCACGCAGCUCCGGUACGGCCCCGUACGUCCGACGUGGCAUUUUUUCUUUUGUAACUGGGCUUACUUCACAAGCCCUACCUAGAGCUUGUUUGGCGGGCGACGACGACGGCGGCGCUUGGGGGCUUGGUUCCUGUUCCUCACGGCGGCAUCCAGGUUUACGAGGAACACGGGAUCCUAGCGACAUGACCGACUUCACGGCUAACUGGCACUUUGGGAGCGACAGAAGGGAGGAUCUUACACCCUCGAAAAGCAGUUAUGGCACAUCAAGAACUGCUGCUGGAGGUUUACGCGACCUCGGUGGCUACAGCUCCAGGGACCUCGCGUAUGAGGACCUGGCUGCCCAUGCUGCUUACGAUAGUCUUGGUGCCGGCUCUUCGCUUUUGAGAAAUGGGCUUUACCAGGGAUUAACUACAUCCGAGCUUGUUAGUUUGACCACUGGAACCGGUGGUCUCGGCGUAUUAGGGGCAUCCGGUUUGGGGGGUGUCCUCGACGAUCAGACCCUCCUCAGUCAAGGAGCACGGCUGGGUGCUUAUGAUUUUGCGUUAGGAAGACUCGGGUUACCAGGGCCGCAGGACCAAGAUGUUCUUCGUGGCGGACCUGAUAUUUUACCCCCCGAAGCCUCAGCUACACUUUUUGUCGAUGGGCUUCCUAUAGAUUGCACUCGACGUGAAGCCGCACAUAUCUUCCGUCCAUUCAUUGGUUUCAAGGAAGUGCGAGUGGUGCACAAAGAUGCUAAACGAGCGGUAGGAGAGAAGAUCGUGCUAUGUUUUGUGGAGUUCGCCGAUCCCAGGUGCGCAGCGACGGCUUUAGAAGCAUUACAAGGCUAUAAGUUCGACGAGAACGACCCCGACUCUUACGUCCUGCGCUUGACGUUUGCGCGAUAUCCAGGGCCUAGAGGCGCGGGUGCUCGAGACAGGUCCCCUUAUCGCGGCCGGGACCGGUCACCACGACGGGAUCGAAGGCACUAAAGCGGCAGAGUUAAAAGAAGCGAGACAAAAACAAAAAAGACCGAAUCGAGUCGAGGAGGAUCAAGGGGAAGAAAAGCAGAGGUAAAAAAAACGCAAAAAAAAAAAAAAAAAAACAGAAAAACAACAAAAAAACUGACAAGAUCAAGGAUCAAGCAAGGUAGGAGGAGGAAACUUUUAUAGGUGGGGGAGAAGCGCGUGGUAAAAAAAAAGGUGCGCAAAGAAUUUGCUCGGCCGAGUUUACUAACAACAUCACAAGCAAGCAGCCUGUUGAGAAAGCAAGGCCAGUUUGGGAGAAAGAUUUUUUAUACAUACUGGAACGCUGAGCGAAGAACCGAGGCACACUAGUACUCUACUACUACUACUACUAUACACACGCUACCGUGUAUCUAUUUCCUGGAAGAAGAAAAUGGCCCUCUCCAAGGAGGUGCUGGCUCUGGGCUAGACGCUAUUAUCAUCAUCGUGCUUUUGGAUUUCGCGAUUUAGAAAUCGUUGUCACAGUUCAAACAAUGGAACUCUCUUCUCUUU